GCCGACGGCCAGCAGUUCGCCGAUGACAGCAGACCUUGCUGGGCCAUGGCUCUGUCCCUGGCUGGUCAAGGGGACUUGUUCGAUUGGGUGCAUUGUGGAGGCACUAUGUCGGAGAACUUUGCGGCCAGCAUCAUGCAGGGUCUGCUGUCCGCUUUGAGACAUAUACACCUUCAGGGAGUCUGCCACAGAGAUGUGAAGCCCGAGAAUGUGCUUCUCUCGAACUCGCGCCCCCUUCUAUGUGACUUUGGGGUCGCCACCCGCCUCAGCGAAGUGCGGAAGCGCCCGAUCCACUGCGGGCCUGCGGGCUUUACAGCGCCCGAGAUAUUGCUCAAUAUGGAGCCCACGACCCAGAGUGAUGUCUUCAGCGCUGGCUGCGUGUCGCUAAGCUUCCAUGGCCCUACAAAGCUGCAGGCGCUUUUCUUCAUGAUUCUGAAGCAGCGGCCUUUCUGUGACCCCGACUUAGCGACGGCCGUCAACAGCGCGUUGACGCGGAAGAUCAAUCUCGACCAAUUCGUCGAACUCCAGGACUCUCACGCAUUGAAAGAGUUUCUCUCUGCUUUGAUGGAGAGAUCACCGCUGCAGCGGCCCGAUGCGAAUGCCGCACUCGGCUACAGCUUCCUUCAGGCGGCGCUGGCACCACAUCCGCCGCCAACCGAUCCCACUUCCCGAGCUCAUCAGCGCAAGCAGGCGUUUGCAAA